UGCCAGCCAUGUUGUUUCCAAGUGGUGUUUUUCUGUUAGCCCUGACCACUUUGUUUUCCGUCACUGUUAUUGGUCUUGGAUUAAAGUGUCUACGCUGUGAUGACGUACUAGAGCCUCGGUUCUGUGAGAGAAUUGAAUACUGCUCGACCGGAGAUGUGUGCAGUGUGCAGAGAUACCGUAAAGAAAAUGGGGACAUCUCCUUUUGGCUCGGAUGCCUCUCUACCAUAUCAUGUGCUAAGACCCCAAAUAAAACAGUGCUCCACCCUAACAAAAGAACAAUCCAUGGAUCUAUAUUAUGUAAUGAUUGUUGCUUUGGGGAUCUGUGUAAUAUAGAUGGCUGUGGAUCGCCAGCUUUUUCGACAUCACGUGGACCGAUCUGUUUUAAUUGUGCUCACACUAUACACCCAACUGACUGUCACCAUGUGACUCUUUGUGGAAACAAUGAGCGUUGUUUCCUUGGGGAAAAGCCACUAUUUGGUCAGCGUUACUUCACUAGCCAUUGUGAGGAUGUACAUGCCUGUGACAACCAUAUAUCGGCACCGAUUAUUGUUGGGAAGAAAAGAUCAGAGAUCCAGCAGCGGUCAUACACGCCCUGCUCCGGAUGCUGCAGUGGGGACUUGUGCAAUAGCAACUGUAGUGCUAUCUUUACAUCAGGGACUGUCAUUAACUCAGGGACAACAAAGAAACCUGGAGCUUCAGAAAUACCCGGAAAUUAUGCAUUCUACGCCCAGCUAACAUACACUGUGACAAAUGAACAUGCCAUUUUUAAGAAUGUGACGAUCAAUGAGGGAUCCUCUUACAGCAGUUCCACGGGAAUCUUUACUUGUAAAUACAGUGGUGCUUACGUGUUCUCUUGGACCAUUGCAACACAUGGUAGUAACAAGGCCUUUGCAGACUUGUAUGUUAACGGUAAUAUCGUGGGAACUGUCAUUUCUGACUCAUCUGAGCAUUCAGUUAAUGCAGAUUCAGCCACAGGUUUUGUAGUGACUAAUCUUCAAGUAGGAGACGAAGUCAGAAUCCGGAUUUUACAGGGCUCGAUAGAUGGAGAAUUCUCUACCUUUUCUGGAUGGCGUCUAAAUCACAAUGUCUCUUUUUAUGCUAAGGCUGACAAACCUUUAACAAAACCCAGUUCUACCCGAAAUGGCUUUAUUUUCAAAAAUGUUAUUACCAACAAUGGAUUGCCGUACGUGGCGGGAAAUGGCACCUUUGUUUGCCCAGAGUCAGGACUUUAUGCUCUUGCUUUCAACGUUGAGGCUCUUCACAAGGAUUAUAUGGUGUACUUUUACAAGGACACGUCUAAGCUGAAUACUCUUGGUGUGUGGCCAGACUCCUCCAGUGGCAGCUAUAGGGACUCGUCCACCACCCUACAGCUGUUUCAGCUACAUGCUGGGGAUGCCGUCCACCUUUUCAGUGGAGAUAGUGAUGCCAUAUUAGAGUCUCCAAGGUCGUCUUAUUUAGGAUGGCUCAUUCAGCCGGGAUCCUCCUUGAAUACCCCGGCCUUUAUGGAACAACUAACUUCUACAUCUCCCUCGUCAUACAGCGCAGUGUUGUUCAGUAGGGAACUUCUCGAUACAACAGGAUCAUUCUAUCGCACCACCGGAUACACCGCUCCUAAAGAUGGCGUCUACGUUAUAUUUUGGAAUAUGGAAGCAUAUGAAAAUUAUUUGAAGUCUACGCUAGUCGUGAAUGGGCUGGCGUAUGGAUACACCGUGUCUGAUGGCCGAUCUUCUGAUUAUGACAGCGGUUCUAACGUUGCUGUUCUGCGGUUGCGUGCAAGAGACGUUGUGAAAGUGAUGCAGUCAACAUCUGCAGAUGGCGAUCAAACAAUGAUAUCCGGAUUCAUGUUGUAUUAAAAUAUUAAUAAUCUCUAAAUUCUAGUACGCCAGACUUUAUAUUCACUGCUUCUUGAUUAUAUUGAUUACAUAUUAUGGAUCAAAUUCUAUAGGUAGCA